GUUGAUUUUGAUGCUUUAUGAUCUGAUGCGGUGGAGGUUAAACAUCAUCCCCUUUAUUCUAGUGGUGGAACUGAGGUUAUUGGUUCGGUUAAUGGGUUGGUGUUUUUGAGACGUUUUGAAACAAAUAUUGCUGUGUAUAAUUUGUCUACAAGGGAGCGUAAGAAAUGUUAUAUUGGGGAAACUGAGAUUCCACGGUGGGAUUUGACAACUGGGUAUGUUUAUGAUGGGUUUGGUUAUGAUUCUUAUGGUGAUGAUUACAAAGUGGUGAGAAUGGCACAGUUCGUUAGAGAAGAUGACGGCGGUGAUGGUGGUGGUGGUGGUGGUUUCGGUUGCGAGUAUGAAGUUAAGGUUUAUAGUUUAAAGAAUGAUAAGUGGAAGAAAAUUGAGGGCUUGCCGAUUCGGCUUAGGUUAUUAAGCAAGCCCUUUUUUCAUAUUUUGAAUAGGAGAGGGUAUGGUGUUUUUGCAGGUCACGCUUUGCAUUGGAUUGUCCCGCAAAGGCGUCAACUUGGUAUUAGAGAUUGUGUUCUUGGUUUUGAUAUUAGGGAUGAUAAGUUUUUCGAAUUGCUGCAGCCGGAUUAUGAGAACAAGGGUAUGAACUUUCAGGUUGAUGUUGGGGUUGUAGAGGGGAAUUUGUGUGUAAUGUGUAAUUAUGAGCAUGUUUGUGUUGAUGUGUGGGUUAUGAAAGAAUAUGGUGUGAAGGAAUCUUGGUGUAAGAUGUUCUCGGUUCAAGGGAUUAAGUGGAUUAGUGCUUUUAUGUUUUUGAGACCUUUGGUUUAUUCGAAAGAUGGUGGUAAGGUGUUAUUGGAAGUGAAUGGUGAGAAGCUAUUGUGGUAUGAUUGGAAAAAUAAGCAUGCUAAGGUUGUAAGGGUUCGUGGUGGACCGAGCUCGUUUGGUUCUGAGAUGUAUGUGGAAAGCCUUAUUAGGAUUAAUGAUGGUGAUCGAAUUUACUGGAAGAAGCAACAAGAGCUAGAUGAGGAGGAGGAGGAGAAGAGGAAGACAGAUAUGAAUAAAAGGGAUGAUUUCCUGUCUGUGGGGUUCAAACUGAAGUUGUAAGACCACUAGAGAAAAAGGAUACAGGACAAUGGCCAAAAUGGAAGAAGGUUUCAGAGGACUAAUAGCUGCUUCCAUUUUUCCUGAUGUUCUUGCUCCUUUUAUUCUAUUCUCCUCAA